AUGAACAUCGAUACAAGCGACGUUGAUUCAGGUGAUCAAGACCCAUCAACUUCUAAUACUUGUUCGAAUACAAGUAAUGCUGAUAGACAAGUUAAGGAACCAUCCGGUAUUCAAUUUGAUAUUGGUGAUGAUGAUGAUACCAAUGAAUUUCAAGCUAUGUUUAUGUCCAAUGCAACAUUACCUAAAAGUCAUCCAAAUUGUUGUUCAACACCAUUAGUCGAUCUCGACAAGAUAAACCGUAAAUCUACCGUAUGUGCAGCUACCGAGUAUGCCUCAUCAUAUCAAACAAAAAAAUCAACACAUCGUCGUCCAUUAUCAACAAUCAAUGGUGAUCAUCAAUCAACAACAACAAAUUUAAAUAUACAAAAUUUUAAUACACCAACAAAUCUACGUGUUAGUACAAAUUUAUCACCAGCAACUCAAGUGUCAAUUAGAAAUCAAUCUUUGUCUAGCAUCAAUUACACAACUAAUAAUAAUGCUAUCUUAGACACAUUUGUUGAAUAUCGAAAUUUACGACGUGAUUUACAACGUGUAGAACAAAAAAUUGAACAUUGGAAAACUGAUUAUGAAGCAUUAAAACGCCAAUUAGAAAAACUUCAAAAGACUUCAUUUCCUCGUCAAAAUGCUGAUGGUCGGGCAUUUUCGAAACAUUUGCUUGAAUCAUUGAAUUCAUGUGAACAAGAUAAAGAUAAUCGUACAUCAGCACAAAUAGCUAAAUCUAUUGGAAUGCCGGAAACAAUUCUGUUGUCAUGUUCUGCUGUUGAUCCACAAAAAACAGCUUUGCACGUGUUUAAUCAAGUUUUUCCCGAUAAUGACAAGAAGGAAGCAUUAAUUAAUAUUGACAAUUUGAAUGUAAAUUAUCCAAUUUUACUAAAAGAUAUACUGGGACGUCUUUUUAAUAUUAGUUAUGUCGGUGCUAAUAUUUCGCCACCUGUAUCAUCCUUAUCAUUAUCUACUACAAACGAUAUUCCACCUUCAUGUUCUUUAUUACUUCCAUCAACACCACAAGUUCAAGCAAAUGAUUCACCACAUAAAAGCUGCUAUUCUUCUUCUUCUCUUUCUACUUCAUCAUCAUCAUCUUUAUUAUCCUUAUCAGAUUGUUCUGAUAAUUCAUAUAAUGAUACUUGUUGUUCUGUUAACGAUGAAAUUUUUAGACCAACUAAUACAGAAAUUUCAAAAAAUAUUUUCACAGAAUUGUUUAUCGAUGACGAUCUACAAAAUCGUUCAAAACUUCUCACUUCAAAAGAAAUAGCUAUUUUACUUGUUCAAUUACGUUGUCGACAUGCUUUAACAAAAACAUGUAUCACACAUAUCUGUCAACUUUUACAAGUAUUAAAAGUUUCAAACACUCCAUCCAGUUUUGAUAGUAUUGAAUCUCAAGUACUUUCUAAUUAUCGAUCAACUAUUUUUCCAACGAAAAGUACUAUAUGUUCUUUCUGUCAUUAA